AAACAAAAGUGCAAUGCCGGUCUGAUACAGUUUCAAUAAAUGUUUAAAUAAAUGAGUUCCCGUUAUUCGUAUAAUGAUGAUGCUCCAAAGCAAGAGAUAUGUCGAGCUUGCACUGAUUUCAAAAAAUGGACUAAACAGCAGACCACCCGAAACCCAAACAGGAAAACUAGCCUAGAUACUGGAAUUAAUCAAGAGACAACAAAAGAAUGUCCUUUAGAUAGAGAAGAGUUAGGACACUCCACAUGGGGUUUCUUACACACAAUGGCUGCAUACUACCCACAAAAGCCAACAGCAACUGAACAAAAGGAGAUGAAUCAGUUUAUCAACAUCUUUUCAAAAUUUUAUCCUUGCAAAGAAUGUGCUGAUGACUUUAAAGUAGACAUUUCCCAGAAUCCUCCAGAAACUGGAAGCCAGAAGGAACUCUCCAAGUGGAUGUGUGAUAGGCACAAUGAUGUCAAUAGAAAAUUAGGGAAAAAGUUAUUUGAUUGUUCCAAGGUAGAUGAAAGAUGGCGCUAUGGAUGGAAAGAUGGAUCAUGUGAUUGAUAUCACAUAAAUUUUCAUUAAUUUUUGCUUGAAUAACUGGUGUAAAUAAAU